AUGAAGAUGAUUCCUCAAGUCAUGCCAAACACAAUCUUAUUUAAAAGACAUGAAGGUCAUAAUCACUCUGAGGGGGGCGCUGGUACCGGUACUCAUUUCGCAAACAUUCAAUAUGGUUACUACGUCCUCGGAGUUUCCCUCUUUUACAUCGUUAUCUUAUCAUUUUUACAGUAUUUCAAUAUUCAUUUGAAAAAUAGAAUGAAAUUGAACUCUUCUAAAAUAUUAAGAUGGGCCAUCUCAUUCAAUCCCUUCUUCCAUCUUUUCAUAAUAAUGAUACUAGUAAUGGUCCCCUUCUAUUCGGGGAAAUACCCUGCUACAAAAGUGGUUCAGGUAUACCUAAAGAGAGCAGGUAGACUAAGUUACGUCUUAGUUACCAUGAAUCUUUUACUGAAUUUCAGAGUUCAUAAAUGGUUCAACUAUGUCGAUUUGGUACCGUUACAUAAAUGGUUAUCCAGAUUCUUAGCAUUAUUUGCAAUAAUUCAUAGUAUCGGAUACUUCGUUAGAUGGACAGUGGUGAAACGUUACAGUUUGGCUGCUCAAUGUAAAAAACCUUUGAAUUUAGUAGGUAUCAUACUUUUCGGUUUCAUAAUCCUUUUAAUUGGUGCAUCAACAAAACCAUUUAGAAGAUGGAAUUAUAAAGCAUUUUAUAUCAUUCAUAAUCUCAUGAAUUUAUGCUUCAUUAUAAUGACUCCAAUACAUGCAAGACCAGGUGUCAUGUUCCCAUUCUUAAUUAUCAACGUCUGCCUAUUAUUCAUUCAAAACGUUAUGAAACUUUUAUAUGUGAAAAGAAUCUUUAUAGAAAAGAAAGUAACAUCAGAUGAAACAAAUUUGACCUUAGUCCAAAUCCCAAGAAGUUCCAUUCCCACUGCUAAUUUCCCAUUGACCACUCAUAUCAGAAUAGCCGAAUGUAAUAAUAUUCUAAACCCAUUCUUUUGGAUAUACCCAUCACAUCCAUAUUCUAUCGCAAGCGUCUCCACUGAUCCAUACAUUGAUCUCAUUAUUUCUGAAUCUAGAUUCAAAUUACAAGAAAAUAAACAAUACAUAAUGGUUGGCUUUUAUGAACAAAAUUCAAAAAUCCCUGAAACCUUUUAUAACCCAACUGUAAAUAAGAAAAUUGCCAUUGUGGUUGGUGGUUCAGGAAUAUCAUUCGGAUUACCAAUCUUCACAUACUUGACACAAUCACUCUCGCAAAAUGACAAUGUCGAUCAAAGCCAGAUGGACUCUAUAGAGGAAUGUAAAUUAAUUUGGUUAAUUAGAGAUGUAGCUCAAUUGGAAAUAGUGGAAGAUUAUUUAAAUGCAAGAUUUAGAAACUUACCUAAGAAAUCUCAACUUCUAAUCUAUAUUUCUAAAUCAAAAUCUCGUAGUGAAAAUAAUGAUAUGGAAAUCGAAAUGGAUUCCCUAAUGAGAGGUUCAGAUCAAAUUAACGACGAUGAUAACAAUGACAAUGACAAUGACAAUGACAAUGACAAUGACGGUUGUUCAGAAGAUAGUAAAAAUAGUAAAAAUGAUAUAAAUGGUCAAACUAGGGAAAUUAUUAAGUUGAAAAAAUCCAUCCAUUUUAAAAGAUUCAAUUUCAUUGAUGAUUUAAGUAGCAUGGCUUCAAAUAAUAAUGAUUAUAUGAAAGGUAAUGAAAAUUGGUUGUUUUGUUGCGGACCUGAUAAAUUAAAUAGAGAUGCUAAGGAUUUUGCAAACAAAAAUUCAAUUAAUUAUAUCUCUGAAUCAUAUGGAUUUUAA